AUGGUGGAAGUAGCUGUAAUUGGUGCUGGAGCAGCGGGAUUGGUGGCAUCCAGGCAUUUACUGGGAACUGGAUUACGUCCACUGAUUUUCGAGACAUCAAAGGCUGUUGGAGGAUCAUGGGCUUCAAGCAAUCCAAAUAGCAAGAUGUGGAAGGGUUUGACAACAAACUUGUCAAAACACACUUGUCGGUUCUCGGAAUGGCCAUGGCCAGCAGGCACUCCAACCUUCGUCCAACCGAGCGAGAUGUAUGCUUAUCUGGACUCUUUUGCCAACGAAUUUGUGGAUCCGGAAUGUUUCAAGUUUCAAUGUCAAGUCGAUUACAUUGGAAAGACAACGCCAGCUGAAGGGCAGGCUGAGAACAGUGAAUCAGAGCAGCUUUAUAGAGUAGAAUGGACAGAUUUGGCUACCAACUCCAAACAUAGCAAGGACUUUCACGGAGUGGUGGUGGCCACUGGCUUUUUCUCCAAGCCACACUGGCCCACAUUCAUGGACGGAUCCAAAGUAUGGAUUGACGACAACAAUAAUGCCGACAAUGACUCGGCCUCGUCUUCGCCAAAACUGAUACACUCCAGUGACUACACAAAUCACGAAGACUUUGCGAAUGAAACAGUUGCAGUGGUCGGGUCUUCUUUUAGUGCAUUGGAAAUUUGUGUGGACAUCUCCCAAUCUGCUAGUCGCGUGGUCAACGUUUUGCCAUCUGUUCCAUGGGUCCUUCCUCGCUACGUUCCUAGAAAUGGCAGCAUCCUCCCAGUCGAUUUGGCCUUGUACCAACGCGCAAAGGAUUUCCCACAAGUUCCGGAACAAACAGCCUUCACACCGGAAUCUGCUAGGACCAAGCAUGCCUUUUUGCAAUCCAUGGUCGGUGAAAAGCAACAAGACUCGCCGCUGGGGAUCCCAAAAGAUUGGGAUAGUCCACCGUCGGUGGCAAUUUCCGAUCACUACUUGGAUCUAGUAGUUGGUGGGGCAGUAGAGGUCAUCCAUGGUCGCCUGGAAGGUGUGGACAAUGAAACGGGAGAUGUCAAGGUCAAGACCUCGUCUGGGGAAACAGAUCAGAGCUUGAUUCUCCCCAAGAUUUCCAAGGUGAUUUGUUGCACAGGCUACGAAUGCAAUUUGGACGACUUUCUAGACCAAUCUAUCCUGGACACUUUGGAUUACAAUGGAACAGAUACUUUUAGCCCAAUGACUUUGGCCUGGGAUACCAUUCAUCCCUCCUUGCCCAAUUUAGCAUUUUGCGGCAUGUACCGUGGGCCAUAUAUGGGUAUCAUGGAACUUCAGGGAAGAGUGGCCGCGAGGUCAUUUGCAGGACAAGUCCCAGAGAAGCUUGAUGAUGCCCUAGACACAAGCAAGAACAUUCGAGAAUAUGAACCAAGAGCCCAGUUCCCCCAUUUCGACUACAUUGGGGAGAUGGACACUGUCACGGUUAAUGCUUUAUCUGAAGACGCUUUCCCAAAAGCCAAUGUGCAUCAAGGUGACAUCAUUUCUCCAGCAUUUUACCAGUCAAAGAGCGAAGAAAUUUCGAAAGCCUGUCAAGAGGAGCUCCAACAAGAAGUCUCCAAGAGUCCAGACCGAAUGCCACAAGUUGUUGCGAGUGCAAUAGUGGGAGAAUGGGACUUUGAUCGUAAUAUUGUCCACUUGUCCGAUAAGUCAUCGUCGCCAACUGGUAACAAACGAGAGCGAGUCCAUGGAACUAUCAAGUAUUCCAGAUCGAAGAAGCUCGAUUCGGUCAAAUACCGAGAGGAUGGAUUGUACGAACUUGCGCCAGGCAAGGAACUGAAUGUCUUCCGGGAGUAUGACUAUGUCGUUCCAGAUAACAAUGACGGGGUCUUGGAAAUAUAUUUUAUGGACGGCGGGGAACGAACGUACAUGUUCCUGAGUCUGAAAUUCCAAAAACAGGACGACGAAGGAUACUGGGUCGCAAGCAACGACCACUUGUGCAUCAAAGAUUUGUAUCAGGGAACAUUCCGAGUGAAGCUGGACGGUCUGACAGCAAAGGAGAUUAUCAUAACCUACCGUGUGGAAGGUCCCGCCAAGGAUUACGAGUCUACGACCAUUAUGACACGCAAGAAGACAAACUCAUAG